CUUAUUCGAUCUAGCCUGCUCUAGUGUUAACACCUCUUGCGCACUACUUCUCUAGAUACUUCUUCAAAAAUGUCGAAUGAAUGGAAUUUGUCAGAUGAUCAGCUGAAAAUUUAUCUCAGAAAACAACUCAGUGUCCAUGAAUUAGAAAAAAUAUUGGAGAGGAAUGUGAAGAUUUUUGAAAACCCGAAUGAGGAGGACUACUCGAGAACCAUAGCCAAAAUGGAAAUAGACCAGUUGCAACAAGAACUGAGAAGUCGUAUAAUGAUGAAGGAUAUGAAAAGCACAAUCGCUUGGGCUCUAGCCAAUACAUCAAAAGUCUAUGGUUCUUCCGCCGUUAAAGCAAGACAAGCAAAAAAGAUGACCAUGUUGAAUAAAGUCAAACGUUUCUUUCAUCUGAAAUAGUAUCUAAUUUUUAUCAAGUUGGUGUUCACACCUAUCAUAGCAUUCAGUAUUAUAUUCAUUUAGUUAGUUAAUCAAGCUUGGGCAUCUUCAAAACAUUCAUUCGAUAAUUGAAAACUAAAAAUGCAAAUUGCACAGUUGAAACAUGAACUGAAAAUACGAGAAAUAGUAAAAAAGUGAAAAAAAAACACCAAAACAGUGCUAAAUCCAAUGCAAGGUGAAAGUAGAAGAUGCCCAUGUUAUAUAGAAUCGAAUAUUAAUUGAUUAUUAACUUGGAAAUGUUCAUUGUACUUUUUUCACAA